AUGGGAACUAUACCUGGUUUCGACUUUCCUAAUGUGGACCAGAACAUUAGGAAUAAUAUUUUACAAGAACAGGUUAACAAUUCUGUUCUGUUGAAGCAAGUAAAGAUUAUUUUCAUGCCGAACCAGCAAAGACUGCCUUUGAAGGAAGUCAUCAAGAUUUUGUGUGAAGUAGUGAAGUACGACAAUAAGGAUGAUUUUUCUCCUAUGUCUUGGUUCAGGAGCUCCGGGCACAACGGUGAUUACACCAGUUUCAGAAAAUUCAAGUCUACAAUCCUAGCUGUUACGUUAGGAUGGGAGUAUAACGAUUGGCAUGGAACUGCAAUAAAAAAUCUGAUGACAACUUCUGAAAUGCAAAACUAUCAGGAAGGUAAAAUAAAGUGGAAUUCCUUGAAAAUAGAAAAUAUACUGCAAGGUGUGGUUGAGUCUACUACUAUAAGAAGACCAUCUCUUUCGAAUGAUGAUGGAAAAACAGGUCGGAAGAGGGAAGUUGAAAAGAAAGCAGAGCCGAUCAAAAAGAAGCCUCGUACGGAAGCAGAUGACUUGGACGUCACAAGUGAAAGUGCUAAGAGAUUAAGCGUAGCAGCUGUUUUCAUUGUCUUGCUUUCAUGGUAUUUUGAUAUACCUUGUUUUAUCUAA